UUUUUGGCUUGCAAUACAAAGACUGUACACGUGUCUUGAGGUUUAUUGGUGGUUGUAUCGUAUAAUCUUAAAUUCGUUGUACAUUAUGAUUAUGCAUUAUACACAUUAUCUUCUGCUUGUGAAAGACAGAUUUUAUAGGAGCACACUUUGCAUUACUGAAUCAUAAAUAAGUUCUAUGAUAUGAUUUAUAUAAUAAUAUGUUACAAUUAUUGUUUUAUAUUGCUUUAUGGCAUUAGUACGCAACCAUCUUGUUCCUAUUUCAUUCAAUUCAUAUUAUUCUACAUUCAUAAAUAUAUCUUAUGUUUACGUUAUUCAUAGCGGGGAUUUUUAUGUUAUCAAAAAUAGAUACUAGUAGUUUUGGUUUCUAUUUCUAUUUCUAUUUGGGGUUCCCUGGCUAUUUUUAGCUGCUGUCAUUAUUGUGCAGCGUAUGCAGGGCUAUGAUUAUCGAAUGUUUUUAAAGCGCUGUGUCUCAAUGCAUUAAAGGAUUUUGUUUCAUAAACAACCUUUAAAAAUAUGUGUCGGCUAUCAAAUUGUGCUUUCAUGAGUGUGUAUAAAAAUAGAUUCAUAUUCCGAGUAAACGUCUGGAAUUCCCAGAAGUUGCGGUCAUGUGACCAGCCGAUUGCAUAUUAAACAUUGACAGCCGAAGAACGUUUACUCAUAACUGCUUAGGUUGUACAUGAAUGAAAUACUACUGUGAAUAUUAAAACUUAAUUUGGGUGGAUACAGUCAUAUAUUGUAAAGAUGGUUCAGAAAAAGCAUAGCCAGCCCGUUAUUACCCAGAGGAAACCAAUACGACCCAUCGAGCGCCAGAAAAUGAGACCAUGGUUAGUUAAUCUCCUAAACAACGAAAAUGUUGCGGGAUUUUCCUGGGAGUCUCGGCAUUAUGAAACUUUCCGGAUUUCAUGGAGGCACGCUGCGCGCCAAGGCUGGGACCCAGAGGUGGACGCCAGCCUCUUCGAAAGAUGGGCCAAACAUACGGGGAAGUUCGUUGAUGGGGAUGAACCAGACCCAAAGAGAUGGAAGGCCAACUUCCGAUGUGCUUUGAACAGUCUGCCCGACGUGAGGCAACUGAAGGACCAAGGUCAGAGGAAGGGCAAAGAUGCCUAUAAAGUGUACCAGUUCCUGAACGAGAAAAAAACCGUCCACAAGCACAAAGUCACAGAGCGAACCUCCGUCCCAAAAAUUACUCAUACCAAAACGAAGAGGACUCUGAGGGCCAGAAAUGCCAAGAGAAUCUCUUAUGCAAAGAUGAUCGAGAUGGACUCUGAGGGUGAGGAGGACGAUUCUUCCUCGGAUUUCAUCAUGUCCGAAUCUGACUACUCCACCUCCUUAGGGGACCAGACGCCCGAACGAAUGGAUGACAUGACGUCAGAUAUUGAGCCAAUGCACGAGGACGGUCUAGAAACACGCCUACCCGACUUCAACAAAAUCUGCAAGUCCACAGACCUCACCUCUCUGCAGAAGUAUUUGCCCUCGGAGAAGGACCUCAGGAUUCAUGUGUCAUGUUCUAGCCCUUCUACCAACAGUCUCUUUAACGCCCUCACCCAGGUAUCUCCAUCGGCAGCAGGGACAAGAGAUGAUGAAUCCGCCUCCACCACCAGUAGCACAAUAACCGAUGAAGAGCUGGUCCAAAUGGUCUUGGAAUCCGAAGUCCAAACACCGGAAAACGAUUUUCCGGACCUGUGGGGUAGUGGAUUUCCUGUGCCACAAGAGGUCGCUUAUGUGGACGCCAUUAUUGAAGAGGGUGACACAACCUAUUUUAUUUUGGACAAUGUUGAGAAUGAAGUGGUCAUUACUGAUACUCCAGCAGUGCGAUGUGAACAGAUUACAAAUGGAGAACUUAUGGUAAGGAACAGUUCACCUUCCUGCACAGAAAUUAAUUCAGUGCUAAAAGAUUUUUUAAAAAUAUAAUAGGACCUGUUGAUCAAUUGCUUGCGUGGAAUUUAUCUUUAGAACUUCAGAUAAAGAGGACGUUAAUAAAGGCUGAUUUUUAUAAAAUAUAUAUUUUGUAGCAGUACACUGGCUUAUCGGACUUGGCGCAGCUAUGAACCGUUUGUCUGUUUGAACACAACUGAUAAAUCCAAUUAUCAUCCGUCAGUCGGAUUGACCAUUCAACGCAGGCCCUCCGAGUGUAUUCGCCCACCACGUGACACUGAUUCAUUCUUCAUAAAUCUAUGUAUAAUAUUUCUGGUGACUAAGAGUGAUGAUGUAAAGUGGUCUCUGUUUUGUGCAAUACCUUAUCCUGCUGUCAUGUGACUGAGAAACUGCCAACUUGCUCCGCAUUCCAUGUGAUAAUAAUAAAAAAACACGUGACUGUCACAGAGUGACUGAAAAGAAACUAUUCAGUUAAGGAGGUACUCUACAUCGUCAUAAUGGCUGACUUCCUUUUAAAACAUGGAGGAAAAUAUAAAUAUCGGCAAUAUUUCUCUAUUCAUUUCUAUUAUCAUCGUCUAGCUGAUUAGGUUAGCACGUCGACUGCUGAACUGUAGAUCGCGGGUUCGAGUCCAGCAGGGGUUUUAGAUUUUUUUUUCAAAUUGCUUUCUACUAAAACUGCAUUUUUUGACUAAAUGAAGUAAAUUUGAAAGUUUUCAAUUUCAUAUCCUCAAUAUGCAUAUCUUCCACUUUUCAUCCAUAUCAAGGAAAAUAUAAAUAUCAGCAAUAUUUCUCUAUUCAUCUCUAUUAUCAUCGUCUAGCUGAGUAAGUUAGCACGUCGACUGCUGAACUGUAGAUCGCGGGUUCGAGUCCAGCAGGGGUUUUAGAUUUUUUUUUUCAAAUUGCUUUCUACUAAAACUGCAUUUUUUGACUAAAUGAAGUAAAUUUGAAAGUUUUCAAUUUCAUAUCCUCAAUAUACAUAUCUUCCACUUUUCAUCCAUAUCAAAUUUCUCUGGUGUAGCAUACCUCCUUAACAAGGACCAAAUAAUGAAAAAAUAAUAAUAAUGCAAUAACGUUUGCGAGUUGAGGAGAUACUCAUUAUAUUUUGUCUACACAUUGUUAUUCCAUGUAUAUAUUGAAUAAAAUUAAAUAGAAAA